GCCGCCGCGAGAAGGUGCACGCCUGGCCGCACCGCGCCGCACCGCGCCAAGAGGCCUUGCCGCCGCCUCCUCCCUCGCUCGCCGCGCUGUCGACCGAAACGAAAGGUCCAAAACGUCGCGCGUGCAGUGAGCAAAACACAGGAUAACCAUGACAUCGGAGGAGCCUCUUCGAAUAUCGCAGGUGGGGCUGGCGGCGCGCUCCCCCGAGGGCCAUGCGGCCAAGGGCAUGGCCAUCAAGGGCCACGAGGACCUCUGGGUGGAGAUCCAGGCACACACGUUCCGCAACUGGGUCAACGAGAACCUGCGCGGCGCGGGCAUGGCCGUCGCCGACCUGGCGCAGGACUUCCAGGACGGCACCAAGCUGUGCGCGCUGGUGGAGGCGCUGCAGAAGCGGCCGCUGCGGGGCUGGGUGCGGCGGCCGGGCAACCGCCACCAGCACCUCGAGAACGUGUCCUGCGCGCUCAAGGCGGUCGAGGCGGACGGCGUCAAGCUCGUCAAUAUUGGAAACGUGGACAUCGUGAACGGCAACCUCAAGCUCAUCCUCGGCCUCAUCUGGUCCCUCAUCGUCCGCUACCAGAUCGGCCGCUCCAAGUUCCCGCCCAAGAAACUCAUGCUGGCGUGGCUCCGGGCCGCGCUGCCAGAAUGCCGCGUCGACAACUUCACCUCGGACUGGAACUCCGGCAUCACCCUCAGCGCGCUGCUGGACUACUGCAAGCCGGGCCUGUUCCCGCACUGGAAGGUCCUCGAUCCCUCCGACAGGGUGGAGAACUGCCGCACCGCCAUGGAGAUCGCCCGGCGCGAGUUCAACAUCCCCAUGGUGCUGGAGCCCGAGUACCUCGCUUCGCCCUACCUGGACGAGCUGUCCGGCAUGACCUACCUGUCGUACUUCAUGAAGGAGAACUCACCCGGCUUCCACGCCACCCUGCGCUGGGUCAACAACCAAAUCCCACAGAACCCCGUGCGGAACUUCACGAGGGAUUGGAACGACGGGCGCGCCCUGUGCACCCUCGUCAAGUCCCUGGGCGGCCCCGUGCCCGGCUACAAAGACAUGUCCUUCGACCCCGACAGCUGGGAGUCCAACCUGAACGCCGGAAUCCAGGGCGGCAAACGGCUCGGCGUGGAGCCCAUCCUGCGCGCCAAGGACAUGGCCAACAAGGAGGUGGAGAACCUGGGCGUGAUGGCGUACGCCGCCAACUUCCAGUGGGUCAGGCCGCGCUCCAAGCCGGGCGACCGCGUCGUGGCGUCGGCUGACUCGCACCACACGCGCGUCGACCAGCAGACGCACUUCAAGAUCGAGUUCCUGGAGGAGGACAUCGAGGCCCGGGAGGUGUCCGUCGAGGUGCAGGGGCCCGGGGGCAGCAAGCUGGACUGCCGUCUCAACCUGGGCCCUCGCGGCGGCACCGGCACUUUCAUCCCCGUCCGAGCGGGCAUGCACAAGGUCAUCAUCAAGCACGAGGGCGAGGCCGUCAAGGGCUCCCCGAUCCACUACCGCGCGCUGCCCGAGCUCACCAGCAUCCACCACGUCGGCAUGGAGCCCUGCGCCGUCGGCUCCAUCGUCGAAGUGCUGAUCAACUCGAACGGCACCAACACGAACGAGAUCUCUGUGGUGGCGCGCUCCCCCACGGGCCGCGAGCUGUCGUGCCCCGUGCACGAGAACAAGGGCGUGCACAGCGCCACCUUCCAGCCGGACGAGGCCGGCGAGUGGACCAUCGGCGUCAUGCACGGCGGCCAGCACAUCCAGGGCGGCCCCUUCACCUGCUUCGUCUUCGACCCCAACGGCGUCAAGUUGGAGAACAUGGACGGGGCGCAGCCGCACGCGCCGUUCAGCUUCGUGCUGGACACGACGGCGACGGGCGGGCUGGGCGACGUGGAGCUGGACAUCGUGCACGAGCGGAAGUCCAUCCCCCACCACGUGGAGCACCUGGGCGCCUCCCUGUACCGCGUCACCCUCAACACGGGUCGCGCCGGCAAGUACCGCGUCUACGUCUACUUCAACGGCCAGGACGUGCGGGGCAGUCCCUUCCCCCUGAGGGUCGGCACUCAGCGAUCGAGAGAAAAGGAACGCAUCAGAGCAAACCUGGAGGAGAGGGAGGGGCUCAAGUCACCACAGCUGGUCGAGUCGGCCACGUCGCCGACGUUCAAAAUGUCGUCGCCGUCGCCGGACCUCGACCUGUACCAGUCCAGCAGCGCCUACAAGACGGACGCCUUCGAGUCCAACAAGUACAAGUCCGACUACGACUCCAAGUACCGGUCGUCCAGCGCGGACUACGUGGACUCGGGGAGGUACAAGUCCGACUACGACAACAAGUACAACAGCAAGUACAAGUCGGACUACGUCACAGAAAGCAGACACGUGUCGUCGCUGGAGACGGGGCUCAGCCGGUCGCACAUCACGGACAGCUUGUUGAACGGGAGGUCCUCGCCGUACCUACGGCACUCCCCGUCGCCGGCGCCGUCACCAGUGCCAUCCCCCCUGCCGGGCCUGUACCGCUCCCCCAGCCCCCGCCUCAGCCCCAGGGACAGCCCCAGCCUGCUCACGCCCCUCAACGCCUUCCACGUCAACGGCGUCACCGAGAAGAGGACGGAGAACACGCGUGUGACGUCAUUGCUGAGCAGCGCCAACCAGCGCGACCAGAGGCGCGGCUCGUGGGACCGCGGCGACUCGGUGCUCGGCAAAUCGCACAGCUACCUGCAACACGCCUCGGCGGGGAUUCUCGAGGACAAGUACUCCACCUCUAACCUCGUAACCCGGGAGCAACAGCAGUCCUCGGGCCUGGCCAAGCGCGUGGUCACGCAGCACCAAGUGGAGCACGCCAAGGCCAGGCGCAUGGCCUCCCCCCUGCCGUCGCCGCACCCCGACGACCUGGACGCGCCCGUGCACGGCGACGCCCUCCGCCUCGUGGCCGUGCACCGCACCGCCAGCUUCACCCUCGACACCUCCUUCGACGGCCACCCGGCCGCCGACCUGAGUGACGUCAACAUUGAGAUCUUGUCGCCGUCCCGCCGCUCCGUGCCCGUGCGGCUGUCCCGGGGCGCAAGGCGCGAGCUGGUGGAGGCGCACUUCACCGCCACCGAGGUCGGCGAGCACGUGGUGGACGUGCACGUGCGCGGCGAGCAGGUCCGCGGCGCGCCGUUCCGCACGCACGCCUACAACGCGCGCGCCAUCCAGGUCGGCCGCAUCCCCAACGGCGUCCUCGGCCAGCCCGUCGAGUUCGAGAUCGACGGUUCCGGCGCUGGAUCGGGCAACCUGGAGAUCCUUGUCAACGGCGGCCACGUCACCAGCUCGGUGCGCACCCUCGGCAACCAGCGCUUCCGCGCCUCCUUCGUGCCCCACGAGCUGCUCACCCACGUCGUCGAGAUGAAGUUCAACGGCGAGACCGUGCCCGGCAGCCCCUGGCAGGUCGCAGUCAUGGCCGGGCCCAAAAUGUCGGUGCUCGGCGAGGCGGUGCGCCUGGUCGCCGCCGGCACCACGGCCACCUUCGAGCUGAGCGCGCUGGGCUUCAAGCGCGCCGACAUUGACGUACACAUCAUGAGCCCCUCCAAACGGCCGCUCAACGCGCGGCUCAUGGAGGAAGGCGGCGGCAUGUUCCGCAUCGAGUUCACGCCCAACGAGGUCGGCAGCCACCUCGUGGAGGUGUCGCUGGCCGGCGAGAAGCUCGCCGCCGGCCCGCUGGUCGCCAAGGUGUACAACUCGAGCCUGAUCCGGGUCACCGAGGUGGGCAGCGGCGUGGUGGGGCAGCCGUGCCAGUUCAGGGUGGACGCCAGCCAGGCGGGCGAGGGCCAGCUCGAGAUCUCCAUCAACGAGGGCGAGGUGCCGAACCACGUGCAGGUGGUGGGCGGCGGCCGCUGCCUCGUCAGCUUCACGCCGGAGCAGACCAAGCCGCACCUCAUCGACAUCAAGUUCAACGGGGAGACGGUGGCGGGCUGCCCCUUCGUGUGCGCCGUGUCGGACACCAGCCGCGUGUCGCUCACGCUGCGCAACCUGGAGCUGGUGCCCGUCGACGAGGUGGCGCGCUUCCACAUGGCCGUGGACGGGUCGGGCAGCGCCGAGCUGGCCGUGUCCAUCCGUGGCCCCACCGCGGAGCUCCCCGUCAAGGUGACGGGCAACGUGCACUCGGGCUUCACGGCUGAGUUCACCCCGCGCGACGUCGGCGCCCACUCCAUCACCGUGGAGUACAACGGCCACCCCGUCAGCGGCACGCCCUUCGUGGCCAAGGCCUACGACGCCAAGAGGGUGCUCGUCGGCCCGCUGCCCCAGGGCGCCGUCGGCAAGACGCUGCAGUUCAUGGUGGACGCGAGCGAGGCGGGCGAGGGCAACCUGGAGAUCACCAUCAGCGCGCGCGGCCACAACAUCCCCACGCAAGUGCACCCGCAGGGCAACGCGCGCUUCGCCGUCAGCUUCGUGCCCAUCGAGCCCACGGACCACGUCAUCAGCAUCAACUUCAACAAGGAGCCCGUGCCCGGGUCGCCCUUCCUGGCGCGCGUCGCCGGCGACUCCCCGCACCACAUCACCGUGAGCGGGCCGUCGCUGUCGUCGGCCGCCGUCGGCAAGACGUCCUACUUCACCAUGAACAACGUCGGCGGCAGCGUCGAGGACAUCGAAGUGAACGUGGAGGGACCGAACGGACAGGCUGUGCCGGCCCAAGUCAAAGACAAUGGCGGACAAGUGUUCCACGUGGAGUUCGCUCCGCGCGUGGUCGGCGAGCACUCCGUCACCGUGGCGUACCGCGGCGCCGCCGUCGCGGGGUCGCCCUUCAGCUGCAAGGUGUACGACGUCCGCGCCAUCAAGGUCAAGGACGUGGCGCUGGGCAGCGUCGGCAAGCCCAUCACCUUCCUGGUGGAGACUAGCCAGGCGGGCCCCGGCAACCUGGAGGUGACGGUGAACGGGGGCCGCGUGCCCACGUCGGCGCAGGCGCAGGGCCCGCACACGUACGCCAUCUCCUUCACGCCCAGGGAGGCCGCGCCGCACACCGUGGACCUGCGCUUCAACGGCGAGGACGUCCCCGGCAGCCCGUUCCAGUGCCGCGUGUCGCAGGCGGCGCGCGUCGUCGUGACCAGCGAGGGCCUGGAGAAGGUGGCCGUCAACCGGCCCGCCGCCUUCACCGUCGAGUCGGACGCCGCGGGGCAGACCGCCCCCGAGGUGCAGGUGCUGUCGCCGUCGCGCAGGCCGCUCCUCGUGGACGUGGCCCCCGCGCAGGCCGGCCAGGGCCAGGGCCGCUACACCGUGCACUUCACGCCCGCCGACGUCGGCGACCACAGCGUCGAGGUCAAGGUGGCCGGCGCGCACGUCGAGGGCAGCCCGUUCCUGGUCAAGGCCUACGACGCCGCCAAGGUGAAGGUGACGGACAUCAACACCGGCACCGUGGGCAAGGCGGUCUUCUUCAGCAUCAACGCGAGCCAGGCCGGCGCCGGCAACCUGGAGAUCAUCGUGUCGGUCAACGGCUGCAACGUCCCCAACUACGUGCAGUCCGAAGGCAACGCCAAGUUCAAGGUCAACUUCAAGCCUCAGGAGGCGGCGCCGCACAGCCUCAGCGUCAGGUUCAACGGCGAGCCUGUGCCCGGGUCGCCGUUCACGUGCAAGGUGCUGGACUGGAGCCAGGUGCUGGUGUCCGGGCCGGGGCUCAAGGCGUGCGCCCUCGGCCGGCCCGCCAGCAUCACCGUGGACCCGCAGAAAGCGGGCAACGGGCCCGUGCCGCCCGGCGGGGGGACGUGCUCCAUCAGCGUCCUGGCGCCGUCGGGCCGCACGCUGCCCUCCACCAUCACGCAGUCCCCCGACAACAAGUUCACGGCCGCCUUCACGCCCGAGGAGGUGGGCCGCCACAGCGUGACCGUCGCCCUGGAUGGCGAGCCCGUGCGCGGCAGCCCGUUCGCCUGCAACGUGUACGACGUCAACAAGAUCAAGGUCACGGGGCUGGGCCAGUGCAAGGUGAGCAAGCCCGCCACGUUCACGGUGGACGCCUGCUCGGCGGGCGAGGGCACGCUGGAGCUGGUGGUGAGCACGGACCGCAGCACGGUCAAGGCGGAGGUGGUGGCGUGCUCGCGCGGCCUGUACGACGUGACGUUCGUGCCGCACGAGCAGACGCCGCACUUCGUCAACAUCUCCUUCAACGAGGAGGACGUGCCGGGCAGUCCGUUCCGCUGCGAGGUGCUGGAGCUGGGCGCCAAGGAGGCGCGCGCCAUGCAGGCCAUGCAGGCGCAGCGCCGCGAGUCGCGCAUGGUGGGCGUCAAGGAGAGCGUCCGCGGCGCGCCCGCGCACUUCCACGUCGACCCCAAGGUGGAGGGCCACAUCGACAUGGAGGUGGUGGGCCCGGACGGCGGCGCCGUGCCCUGCACCGCCACGCGCCUGCCCUCGGGGCUGAUCCGCGUCGAGUACCGGCCGCAGCAGGUGGGGCUGCACACCGUGUCCGUGUACCACAAGCAGCAGCCGCUCACCAAGCAGCCCCUGCAGGUCCAGGUGUUCGACCCGCAGCGCGUGCGCGUCUUCGAGCUGGGUGACGCCUUCUGCCACCGCGCCGCCACCUUCAAGGUUGACACGAGCGGCGCGGGCACGGGCUCGCUGACGGUGUCCGUCCGCGCGGCGGGCAUCGACGUCAAGCACUCGAUCCGCGAGCUGCACUCGGGCACGGGCCAGUACGAGGUGGUGUUCCACCCCAAGCUGGCCAUCCCGCACCGCAUCGACGUCAAGUACAACGGCAUGCACGUGGCGGGCUGCCCCAUGGAGGUGGCCGUGCAGAACCCAGCCGUGGGGCAGGACGUGAUGGCCACGGGGCUGGGGCUGUACCAGGCGCGCGCCGGCCGCGUGUCCUCGUUCGUCAUCGAGACCCUGGGCCACCCCGCCAAGGAGUUCGACGUGGUCAUCACGGGGCCGCACUCCACGGCCGUGCCCGUGCGCUGCUACCAGCAGAAGGACGGUAACCUGCUGGCCGAGUUCACCGCCAACAGCGCCGGCCUCUACAAGAUCGAGGUGAUGCACGGGUCGCGCGCGGUCAGGGGCUCGCCGUACCACUGCCAAGUGUUCGACGCGUCCAAGGUCAAGGUGGAGGCCCUGGGGGGCGUGCCGCUCUCGCACGCCGUGUCCGUCAACGAGAAGAUCGCCUUCAAACUCCAACGCAAGCAGGCCGGCUUCGCGGAGCUGGACGUGAUGGUCACGAGCCCGCUGGGCCAAGACCUCCCGCUCAAAGUGAACUCGUUCCCCGACGACAAGGACUGCGACCUCAUCGAGUUCGUACCCAGCCUCCCCGGCAGCUACCGGUUCAACAUCACCUAUGGCGGCGAGGAGAUCCCCGGCUCCCCCGUCACCUUCACCGUCGAGGAGGCCGGCGUGGCCCGUGCGCACGGCGACGGACUGGUCGGCGGCCGCGUCGGCAGUACGGCGUCCUUCAAGGUCUCCGGAGCUGGCCUGGUGGGCGAGCCGCUGGUCCAGAUCGACGGCCCCGAGGACGCCGUCGACUGCCGCGUGGAGCGCACCCCGGACGGCGACUUCCUGGUCACGUACACCCCCAACGAGGUGGGCGUCCACGACGUGCGCGUGGUCCUGGACGGCGCCGACGUGACGGGCUCGCCCUUCCACCCCCGCAUCGUGGACCCCCGCAAGGUGCGCGUCAUCGGCGGCUGGGAGGCGCACUGCGACGCGCGCGGCCGCCUGGAGCUGGCCGCGCACAUCACCAAGAAGAUCAGCCUGGACCUGGCGGACGCGGGCCCCGGCCAGCUGACGGCGGAGUGCGUGGGCCCCAACGGCCAGACCGUCCCCGUGGCCGUGGAGUCGGCCGGCGCGGGCGGCACGCGGCAGCGCCUGCUGCUGACGCCGCGCGCGCCGGGCGAGCACCGCCUCACCGUGUUCUACGGCGGCGCCCCGCUGCCCAGGAUGCCGCUGGUGGGCGUGGCGGAGGCGGGCAGUGCGGGCGCGGGCCCCGUCAGGGUGGUGCUGACUGGCAGAGGCCUCGCCUCGGCCAAGUGCCACCAGGAGGCCGAGUUCACCAUCGACGGCUCGCAGGCAGGCCCUGGCUCCCCCGAGGUGUCCAUCACGGGCAUGAAGACGGAGGUGCCGGUGCAGCUGCAGCCCCUGGGCAACAGUGUGUUCCGUGCCACCUACACCCCGGCGGCGCCCGGCUCCUACCUGCUCAACGUCAUGUGGUCCGACCGCCAGGUCAAGGGGUGCCCGCUCAAGGUGCAGGUGGCCGCCGUGGCGGACGCCUCGCGCGUCAUGUGCUCGGGCGACGGGCUGCGGGUCGGCACCGUCGGCAAGGAGAUCCGGUCCUUCAUCGACACGCGGCGCGCCGGCCCCGGCGAGCUGACGGCACACUGCGUCGGCCCGCACAAGGUGGCGUACUGCGAACUUUACGACCACGGCGACGGCACCUUCACCCUCAACGUCAAGCCGCAGGAGGCGGGCCGCCACGCCCUGACCGUCAAGUACGGGGGCGAGCACGUGCCGGGUAGUCCCUACACCCUGCGCGUCAACGGCGCCCCCGACGCCAGCAAGGUGCGCGUCUACGGCCCCGGCGUGGAGCACGGCGUCCUGGCCACCUUCCAGUCGCGCUUCAUCUGCGACACGCGCGGCGCGGGCGCGGGGCAGCUCACCGUGCGCAUCAGGGGUCCCAAAGGCGCGUUCCGCGUAGAGAUGCAGCGCGGCAGCCAGAAGGACCGCACCAUCCUCUGCAAGUUCGACCCCACGGAGCCCGGGGACUACCGCGUCGAGGUCAAGUGGGCCGGCGACCACGUCCCCGGGUCGCCCUUCGCCGUCAUGAUCUUCGACACGCAGGAGGAGCUGAACCGCUUCCUGCAGGGCAACCACUCGCCCGGCUCGGAGCUGUACGGCAGCGUGGCCUACUCCACCAGCUACGCCAUGCUCAACACGGGCGCCUCGUGGAGGGGCUCGCAGGCACAGUUGUAAAUUGGAUGAAUGAAUUUGGACGAGUGAAUGGAUGAAUGGAUGGACGCGUGAAUGGCGAGUGAAUGCACGGCGUAACUGAGUACAAAGUAAUAACCAAGCUGCCCGGGGAUAUACACCUGAGAUACACCUGAGAUCUGCUCAUUAGUGCUUUGUCCUUCGGCCUCGCGGCACUGGCAGGGGCCCCGGCCCCGCGGCCUGCCUUGAGGUCCACCUUCUGGGUACAGUCCGUCCCGUCCAGUCGGAAGACUCGGAAAGACGGCGAGAGUCAAUGUAAUUCCUUUGCCAUUCAUUCUGCCGCCAGCAGAACGUGGAGUAGAAGGAAUGCCAUUGAAAUUAUGUGUCUUCAACUGUUUUUCUAAAACGAUAAAAUACCACCAACGGACGCGUGAGAUAACCGUAUUUUAGAAAUGUAAAGUUGCCAUAUUUUGAAUGACGUGUUGUAAGUAGUUCCGAUGUAAUUAUGAGUAAAAAUAAGAGUCCUAAAAUGAAUGACUUUAACUUGUAAAGUCAUCCAGUUUAGGACGCGGGCAGGGACGAAUGCCUGAGCUCCCUUUGCUUUUGACUCCCAAUAAUUUGAGAUUGAACUUAAUGCCAUAAUAACUACACCUGUUAAAAACACUGAUUAAUUUUCUCUAACCAUAUAAUUACAUGUGUAAUAGAAAAGUGAUUUGACAAUAAGACAGACUGAGAUGUCAACAAUUGGCAGCUACAUGACCUUCCACAGCAAAAGGUGAAAAGCCGUCAUUGUUGAUUAGUUUGAAGAAACGCCUCACUAAAAGUUAGAGCGGAAUGAGGCCAUCACAGACUACAAAUUGACAAAUUAGUUGUGUUAUUUACUGUUUUAAUUUAUACUUUAUUCUACAUGUUAUAAAAUAAAAUGUUUAAAACAUUCA